AAACGUAUUCAUAAAUGUGACUGUUUGGAAGUUACAUGAUAAAAGAGAGGAUGAAUGUUACAGUGUAAAUGAAAGCAGCAGCAGAAGAACUGGAGCAUUUUAACAGUAGUUAUAGUAUAGAAGUUGUAAGAACGAUGUAGUGGCAGCAUUUGUGUAUCUAUUUCAAUGAGUAAAAAUCAGUGCUGGACAGUAAUUAAGUACAUCACCUCAAGUACUGUACAUAAGUAGAAGUAUGAGUACCUCAUACUUCUACUUAUGUACUACUUUGUACUUGUACUCCACUAAGACUAGGACACAAAUAUGGUCAUAUGGUUAUAACUAUGGUCGUUGGUUAUAACUUGAAGAUUAAGAUUAAUUAAACAAAAUAUAAUCAGCAAAUAAUUGAUCAGGUAUUAUGUUAUGUUGUAGGUUAUUAAAGUGGUGACAUACUGUAUAUUGUUCAUUAACCGUCCUGUUGUACUCGGGUCAAAUUUGACCUGGGAUAAAGGUAUGUCAGGAUAAUAGGUGAUAAAUGUAUGUGCCUGAAAAUAUGCUCCACGAGAAAAUAAUUAUGGUCACUUUCAUUAGGUUUUGGGUUUUAUUCAAAUUUAUAGCAGAUGUGGUCAAACCGGGAGGACAACAGCCGCACAGUCGAUAGGAAGACAACACUAAAUGGUACGAACAACUAUGAAUUUCUUUACUUAAUUAUCUUUUAAAUGAACAACAACAUGUGUCAUUUAUUGCGUAAUUCCAACAGGAUAUAACGAAACUGAAUUGACCCUUUGCCACCCAGCUGUAUAUAUAUAUAGUUAACAUAACUCCCAGCUGAUUUCCCAACUGCAACAUUAAAGUGAUGGACACAUUGAUGCAUCAGUAAUAUAUAUUCUAAAAAAAAGCUGUUGUGCAAUAUGUGUAUGUAAGUGUCUGACCUGGUGUCAACUCUGAAGGCAGACACUCUGUAAGGGAUGAGCUCCUCCUGCAGGCUUGGAUGUAUGGGACAGCUGAUUUUUUUGCAUGGGAAGUACAUUUUAAAGGCAAUACUUUUGUACUUUCACUUAAUACACUGUAAUAUUCCUACUUGUAUUUAAGUAAAGGUUGUGAGUACUCUGUCCACUACUGGUACAACUUGAAAUAGCUGCAUCAAUGAAAGCAGCAGUAAUAGACGAAUGUGUACAAAGAGGUAUUGUUUUAUACUUUAUGUCAAUGUAUGUGUAUAAACCACAUUUUUAAAGUGUAUUUCCUGUUUUUUGUAAUAACCUGAAGAGCUGCUGCAGUUCUCUCCUUUGCCUCAGUGCUGCCUGCAGUUCUGCUUUCAGCCUCUAGAGGGAGCUAAUGUUCACUGUUGCAUCUGUAAAACCAUGCACCAAAAACUGUUUACUUAUAUGCAAUUUUAAUCUGAUCAAUUUAGAGUAUGAAGAAAUGUUCCACAACACUGAAUCAAGAACACAUUUACGAUCUUAUAAAACACAUUGUAACGCCACACUCCAGUAUUUACAGUAGGUAGUAGUACUUCAAGUUGAACCACCAUUCAUCCAAAGAUUAAAUAAAUAAAGCUGUAACAACUCGGUAAAAAUAAACAGAACAGUUCAUUAAUCUAUUACUCAUUUCACUUGAGAAACAUAUUUACUUGUGGUGUCAGCUCUGUAUGUUAUACUGUCAUAGAUGAUCUUGUUUCACUGGGCAUAAUCAUCAGGGUGAGAUGUGUGUAAAAGGUGAUGGCUGCAGGGAAAAGGUCCUGACUAGAAAUAAAGCUCAUUAAAAGACAACUAAAACCUGUUUAAUGUAAAAAAAAAAAGGGGAAUUCUUCAAAUUAUUGUGAAUCCACAACCUGGAAACCGAACGAUAUGUUUGCAUUGCCAGAGUUACUGCUUUUGUGUUUGCAUGAAUGUAGGCAUGGUAAAAUGAUUAAGAAGUGACAGUCACUCUUGUCUAUGUCACUGUGACAUCCACUGUCAUGUUGUGUUGCAUUAGCCCAGAUAAGGUAUUGAUCCUUCCUGCUCUGAGCUGGUGCAGACAGGCCAGCAGCCUCCAGGGAGCUCGCUGUAUAUCUGAGAUCUUUGUCCUUCCUCUGUCCUCACUUCCUCCCUCUUCAUCACCUCCACUCAGUCACUACCUCCUCUGAUCUACUCUCCUUAUUUCAUUUCCCCCCCUCCUCCUCUUCCUCCUCUCUUUUUCUGUGGAUAACCUCCAUCUCCUCUCUCUCCGUCCAUAUGUUUCUCCUGUGGUUCCCCUCAAUGCCUCAGUGUCCACCGUGCAGCAAGACUAAAUGAGCGGGGCUCGCACAAUGCAAGAGUUAAAAUACUUCAGGGAUGGAGCUACGCUGGUGAUUUCAUUGGACGGUUUUAAUUGGCUUCCUAAAAAGAGAUGCAGUGACAAAGAAAUCAAGAAAAGGAAUGAAGAGCUCCAGCUGUUCAUAUCCUCCGAUCAGAUGGUCCAGGCUGAUGAAAAGCUGCAGACCAUCACCUGCAUCCUCGAUCAGAGAGGAACUGCUUCCUCUGAGUUAUGGCGGAAGAGUGACUGCAGAUCCAGUCUGGUAACGUCGCCAAAACCAAUCUCUACCCCUCCUCAACAUCAAACUUCAACACUCACUUCCUUCGUUUCUUUUGUCCCAGAUUACCCAAAGGACACCCCAUGGACGAGACUAAUUCUUAGCAUGCAGGACAUUUUCAGCUUGAUCAAAAGGGACUCAAACAUGGUGACCCCACAGGACUGUGUCACAAUGAAUCAGCUUAAUAGCUUUAUCAUUUUCUGUGAUGAGGACAUACCACUUCAACGUUUUGGGGACAUAACCGCGGAGGAUUGUCGGACAUCUAAAGGGGAUACUGACUGGCAUUUUAGUGAUACCAACAUGUUAAGUGAUUUGAAAAACUUCACUGCCCAUGCUGCCAACACCAAGAACUCUAACAGGAAUACACAUGAACUGGUUAUCAGAGACAGUUUUAACAACCUUAAAAGUCUUCUGAGGUCUUAUCAAAUAUGCGAUUCACCAGGAGAAUUGUCUCGGACAAACAUGGAUGUAAAACGGAGGAAGAGCGUGUCCUUUCAUGAUGAAGUCAUUGUCUUCCUGUUUGAUCAGGCCUGGAGUGGGAAGACGAAUUCUCAGCGUUGGAGAAGAACUGCCAUUUUCAGUGUGUCACACACUCUCAGCCACACACCCUUUCCCUGCAGACACCGACCACCGCUGCUUUAUCCCGGCAUCUCUAUCUCUCCCAAACCUGCCUUUUCCUCACCCAUGUCACCGAGGCAGACCUUGAGCCAUGAGAUAAAAAAGACAGCCAGCCUUGGCCUAAUGGAAAAACUGACUAAUCGGGCAGAUCUGGUCCUCUUCACCUUCUCCCUCCUCUUUUAUGAUGAGUCAGGGACUUUAAUGGCUUUUCUCCCUCUCUCUGCUUGAAAGCACCUGCCGUUCGUGACAUCAGAGCCACGUAGGACUGUGUGACGGUGCAUUCAGCUUUCACAGUUGUUGGUGUGACAAGAUCCCUGGAAAUGAUGUGAGAAAAAAACAGCCAGUUGCAUACAAAUCUUAGUACCUUUCCAGCUGUGGACCUCUUUGGAAGCUGCUUUCCAUGCCAGGUUAUGUCCUUGGACUUAAUCUGUGAAUAGAAACACACAUUUAAAUUUCAAUAAACAUCAUUUA